UUUCUUAAUUAUUUACCCUUAAUAUCCAUAGAACCUUAAAGUUAUUAACAAACUUAAACAACUUAAACAACAAACCAUAAUGUUGUUUAGAACAGUAACAAAUUUAUUAAAAGCUCCCUUAAGUUACACAAUUAACAAUGCUAGCCUUAUACAAAAAUCAUCCUUUCAUACAAGUUGUAUUUUAAAUAGAAGAGGUGAUCGUAAUGAAAUGCUUUCAUCUCUGCCAGUAAAAGAUGAAGGAACUGCUGGAGAAAAGGGUGUUCAUAUUGAUACUCUUAUAACAGAGAAAGCAAAACUGUUUCCUGACGCUACGACUGCUAAAACUCUUUUUAAUGGAGUUCCCUUUGAUCAGAUUGAAAUCUGUAAUAUUAGGACUACACCUAACAAUACUGUAAUGAGUAUUACGAACGCUAAAGGUGUGAUUCAAUUAACUAGAUCUUGUGGAAUGGAAGGUUUCAAAAACACCAGAAAGGGUACUAAUAUUGCAGCACAAGCUACGGCCAUCGGCAUGAGCACGAGAGCUCUAGCGAGAGGAAUCAAACAAGUGAGAGUACGCAUUAGUGGUUUGGGUCCAGGCAGAAUGUCAUCCAUCAAAGGACUCCAAAUGGGUGGAUUGGAUAUAGUUUCAAUAACUGACGCCACUAGAGUAUCAUGGAAUCCACCACGACCAAGAAAACAAAAGAAGUUGUAGAUACGCAUUUGUAAAAAUUAAGCAUAGAGAA